AGGCUCAGGGCCCGAUGCCGGAAGGGGGAGGGGGUGCAAAGCGUUAUGGCGACAACGGGAUCUGAGACGGAGAGCGGGGAGGGCGCGCAGGAGAUGAUGGAGGUUGACAGGAGAAUCGAAUCUGAAGAGUCGGGAGAUGAUGAAGGGAAGAAGCAAGCUGUUUGCAUAGUAACAGACCUCAGUCAACAGAGUUUAAAGGAUGAACAGAAUGCUGAAGCAGAGACACCAGUGGACAUGGAGACAAUUAGCCUGGAUCCAGAAGCAGAGGAUGUUGAUUUGAAUCAUUUCCGAAUUGGCAAGAUCGAGGGGUUUGAGGUGCUCAAGAAAGUGAAGACUCUUUGCCUCCGUCAGAACUUGAUUAAGCGUAUUGAGAACCUGGAACAGUUACAGACUCUGAAAGAGCUAGAUCUCUAUGACAAUCAGAUUCGAAAGAUUGAGAACCUGGAGGCCUUGACAGGUCUGGAGGUCCUGGAUAUUUCAUUUAACAUAUUACGGCACAUUGAAGGGCUGGAUCAGCUCACGCAGUUAAAGAAACUCUUCUUGGUCAACAAUAAAAUCAGCAAAAUUGAGAACCUAAGCAACUUACAGCAAUUGCAAAUGUUGGAACUCGGAUCUAAUCGAAUCAGGGCAAUUCAAAAUAUUGAUACACUAACUAAUCUGGACAGCCUAUUUUUGGGAAAGAAUAAAAUCACCAAGCUGCAGAACCUGGAUGCCCUGACGAACUUGACAGUACUUAGCAUACAGAGCAAUCGGUUGACCAAGAUUGAAGGCCUGCAGAACCUGGUGAACCUGCGGGAACUGUAUCUUAGCCAUAAUGGCAUAGAAGUCAUUGAGGGCCUGGAAAACAAUAAUAAACUUACAAUGCUGGAUAUUGCAGCAAACAGGAUCAAAAAGAUUGAAAAUAUCAGCCAUCUAACAGAACUCCAGGAAUUUUGGAUGAAUGAUAACCUCAUUGAGUGUUGGAGUGACUUGGAUGAAUUGAAAGGAGCCAAGAACUUGGAAACGGUCUACUUAGAACGGAACCCCCUUCAGAAGGAUCCCCAGUAUCGACGCAAAAUCAUGCUGGCCCUGCCAUCCGUCCGGCAGAUUGAUGCUACCUUUGUUCGGUUCUGACCCAUCUCUGGUCCCUUCUUCCUUACCUUCCUUCCUCUCAGAGUGUCACCGCUGGAUUUUUAUCCACACCGCACCCUCUGUCUUCAGCCCAUUGACACUUCCAGAGCAAACAGCCAACCAAGAGCACUGAUUGAAGACCCUGCAUAUAAUGCACACUCUUGUUGUUUUUGAAUAUUGCUAUAAUAAUAAUAAUUAUUAAAUCUUAACGUAUGAGAUUA